AUGGACUUUGAAGCAUACAUUGACGACUUUUCCUUCAUUGGCAAUGGCUCUGAGGGAUCUGUAUAUCGCAUCGAUGAAGACAAUGCUAUUAAAAUAUUAAAAAAACCAGACCAAAUAACACUCGAAACUCAAAAAACAAUAUAUGACGAACUUUCAAAGGAAGAAAUCUGCUAUAUCAUUCCAUCAUAUGAUGUCUUGUACAUAAACGAUUCAUUCGGCUUAACAAUGAAGUUUUUCCCUUACAAUCUCGAAACAUUAAUUAACGAAGGAAUUUCUAUUAGAGAUGCUUUGCACAUCGCAAAACAUAUACUCUGCGGGUUGUAUCAGCUUUACAGUCAUGGUUACAUUUGGUUGGAUUGCAACCCAAGAAACAUUCUCAUGAGCGAUAAUAUGAUUCCUCAAUUUACAGAUAUUGGCAAUGCUUCUAAAGUUGACAAUUCAAACGAACUCCAAGAUAUUGAUAAAAACAAAACAAUAUGCACUCCACUUUACGCUGCACCAGAAGUAAUACUUUACUAUAAAGCUUCUUACAAGUCUGAUAUCUUCUCAUGGGGCGUAUUGCUUUACCAAUUGUUGACUCAGAAAUAUGCUUUACUUA